UUUCUUUCCGUAAUUAUGAAUGUGUAUUCUUUGUGUUGUAAUAGUCUUUAUAUGUUGUACUGGACAAAGGUAUCAUCGAAUACUGCAGUACUCAACUUGACAUCGUGUGCUCUGCUCAUACUUCCACAUUUGACUCGUAAUUCGAUAUAUUCAACAAUCAAGAUGAUGGUAGUAAAUGCAAAAUUAGCUCUGCUGUUGGUGUCGGUAGCUGCAUUUGGUUACUUGAAGACUGCCUUAGCUUAUUCUGAAGGCGCACCUUUAGAAGUAUGCAGUGACUUAAUGCCCCAGCACGGAGCUCCCGCUCAGACCAAAGACUCGCCGUACACUUUAACGCCCAACCGCAAGUCCGUAAAAAGUGGUGAAUCGAUAACGCUGACGCUCGCCUCCAAAGAUUUUUCUAAAUUUAAAGGCUUCAUAGUCCAAGCUAGAGACAGUCAUGACAAGCCCAUAGGUUCGUUCUCUCCCCUGCCCGCAUCUAAGAACAAUAGCGAGUUCAAAGGCAAAUGGAAGCUUCUCAGUUGCCCCGAUGGACCAUCCAACAAUACCGUAACUCACGCAAACUCAGUCGAAAAAUCAAGAGUAGUUCUCACAUGGACCGCACCAAAAGCUCUUGAUUUGCAGAGUUUCAAAUUUAAAUACACAGUCGCCAAGAAUGGUGGAGAAUACUGGGUUGGAAAAGAAACUGAAAGUAUUGCUGUAAGUCAAUCCAGUCCAGGUUCUACUAAGAGAAAUUAAUUUCAUAAAAAAAAAAAAAAACUACCACCUAAGU